CGGCCGCACCGUGCCAUGGCCAACAGCUCGCAAUGUCUGGAGGAGGGUACCGGGCGCUGGCCACCGCAGCCACCCGAGCCCUACAGCGAGGCGCAGCGGCUGGCGCUGGAGGAGCUGGUGGCGGGCGGCCCCGAGGCGCUGCGAGCCUUCCUGCGGCGGGAGCAGCUGCCGCCCUUCCUCUCGGAGCCCGAGGUGCGGGCCAUAGUGCGGGGGGCGGUGCCGCCCUCCGCGGGCCCGGAGCCGGCGGCAGAGACCUCUCUCGGCGCUUCCCUCGACGCCUCCUCGCUCACCUACUUCCCCGAGCGCUCGGACCUGGAGCCGCCGGAGCUGGAGCUGGGCUGGCCGGCUUUCGCCAGCGGCGCCUUCCGCGGGCUGACGCGGGUGGAGGCGCACUUCCAGCCGGACUAUGGGGCCGGCGACUGCGGCUGCAAGGAGGCGGUGCGGCGGCAGAUCCGCUCUGCCCGGCAGGUGAUUGCCCUGGUGAUGGAUUCCUUCACAGAUAUUGAUAUCUUUGGUGACCUCCAGGAUGCCUAUAACAACCGCAGAGUGCCUGUCUAUAUUCUCCUGGACCAGGAGUUUUUACCCUGUUUCUUGGAAAUGUGUAAGAAUUUAGGAGUUUGUCCUGAGCAGGAAGAGCUGAUGAGAGUUCGGACACUCACAGGCAACACCUUCUACAUGAGGUCAGGUGCCAAAAUUGUUGGGAAAGUCCAUGAGAAGUUCAUGUUAAUUGAUGGCAUCAGGGUGGCAACAGGCUCCUACAGUUUCACGUGGUCUGAUGGGAAGCUGAACAGCAGUAACUUGCUGGUGCUGUCAGGUCAAGUGGUUGAACGCUUUGACCUGCAGUUCAGGAUUCUUUAUGCCCAGUCGAUGCCCAUCAGCUCUAAGUGGCUGCCCAGCUGCAGGAACAGUGGGGUCCUUGAUCACCUGGUGAACGGUACAGAGUCCCCCAGAGAAUAUACUGUAGAAGGCAACUUGAGAGCAGCAUUUGCCAGGCUGUCUAGCACUCCAAAGAAACUGUUGAAAGAACCAAAUCAGGCUGAAGAUAGUCCUGGAGGCAAGCCUCGUAACCCAGGGCACUCUUGCCCUCCUGAAGAGGAGUGGUUCAGCAAUGGAGAGGCGACAGUGGAACGGAAAAGUGUCUCUACCCAAACAGGGUCAUGGGAAGAGAAGCUUGUAGUGAGGGCAUGUAAUGCUGCCACACAGACCAACACUCUGACAGAAGAGGUUGGCACUCAGACAUCUGUCACUGCCAGAACGACAGGCACCCAGACUUCGGUUCUGCUGAAGGCUGCAGUGACGCAGACCAAGGAAGAUGAGCACACAGAAACUCCCCUACUUCACAGAAAGCUGUACACAGAAGCUCCCCUCCUUCACAGAAAGCUGUCAAGAGAAGGCCCUUAUCUGGCUGGCAAGGCCAUAUCCAGUUCCAGUCUGCAGUCGCUGUCUUCCUCAUCAUCCCAGUGCUCGCUGGCAAGCUCUGCUGGCUCGCUCUCCUCUCUCCGCUCCUUCGACUACUCCACCAGUCGCAGGGCAGAGCACUUCCAAAAGCUUCACAAAGAGAGGCAGUUCCACUACUCCACUAUCCGCUCCAAGCUCAGCCACAUGGUGGAUAUCCUGUCCCGGAGGGGACGUGUGCCUGAAAGCUACACCACCCAAUACACGGCGAGGUGCAGCCUGAAGCAGCGGCGCGACAUCAGCGCCAGCCUGCGCAGCCUCCGCGACGUUUCCCUCUUUUCCCUGAACAAGUGA